AUGAUCACAUGGACACACAGACAGGUCUCUGCAGGCCAGUGCACAGCUGCUCUCCCCUCAGCUCCAUCACAUUGGUUUUGUGGACACAGAGAAAGGCUGGGGCUUUAUGCCCACGUCCUGUAUCCGUGUGAGUGGGUUUCUUUCCAGUACCCUGAAAGACAAUUCGGGAGUCCCCACAUGACAGCAAAGGAAGGAUGUGAGGGAACAGAUUAUGGGAGAGAAAGAAACCCAGGGACUGUCAAUCGUGAGCUCCACGAUCCCAGCCCGAUCCCCUGCCCCACAGCCCGGCCCCACCGCUUCCGACGUGCAGAGAGCCGAGCGCCGCCCCGCACCCCCCGCGCUCGCCUCCCCUCCGUUCCCUGCCAGGACUCGGCGAGAGCCCGAGCGGCAGCGGCGCAGGGCUCAGCCCCGGGGCGGAGCUGGCGGCGGCCCAGAGGAGGCGGCACGGCCGCAGCAGAGCCGGGGCUCAGGGGCACAGCGAGGCUCGGCCGGCGGAGCGGCGGCAUGCGGCGGUGUCGGGGCGCGGGGCUGGCGGCGCUGGCCGCGCUGCUGCUCGUGGCUUCAGGCAGAGCCCAGCUGCAGCAGGAGCCAUUCCUGGAGACCGCCGAGGGCAGCGGCAUCAACAUCACCUGCUCACACUCAAAUAAAGCGGGCGGCGAUUUCGUCCAUUUCUACCGUCAGCUCCCGGGCCAAAGCCCAGAAUUCCUCGCCUCCGCUGCUAGAGGCUCCAAGGAUGUGCCGGCCAUUGCAGGAAAGCUGUCAGUUUCGGAGGACGGGCGUUCGAGCGCGCUGUGGCUCGCUGGGCCCCGGCGCGGGGACGCGGCCGUGUAUUACUGCGCGCUGGGGGCCCGGCCAGAGCAGCCGGGGCUGCGGCCGGGCACGAACCGCCGCGGGCGGGGCCAGCAGGGGGCGCUGCCGCUCCGCCCGCCGCCCUCCCGGGCCGCCGCUCCGCAGCUCCUUCCUCUGCCCCGAGCCCGCAGCACCGACAGCGCCAAUGACAGCGAAAAGGCCGGCACACUCCGGGCCUGCUUGCCCUCACUUCAACUGCUAUUGCUUCUCCUCACUUCCAUCACAUCCCUGAGCCUCCCUGAUGCCUUGCUGGGAAUAAAGCAGCUCCUUGAGUAGGAGAAGAAGUAAUUAAAGAACUCUUACUGCACAUAGGCGAGUUCACACUAUCACAAACACACUCUGGAGCUUGCACACACCCAAAAAGUAACUCAUAGCCCUGCCUUUAUGAAGAGGUGUGUGCACAGAUAUUUGCAAAGGAGACCCAGGCAGAGACACUUCUCCUUCUGCCAUGUCCCUACUGAUGUGCAAACACACACACUCGCUGCUAUUCCUGCUCCUCCAUUCAAGUCUUUGCACACAAUUCUACGUGAACACUCCUUUCCAGAAAUGUGCACACAUAGAGCACAUCCCAACACGGGUCUAUUUCCACACACAACCUCCCUUUUCUCCCCAGCUCACCCUGAUUGUCACUGAAUUUUGCUUCCCUGUGUGUCACCGUUGGGCUGCUGGUUCCGACCCUGCCCUGUUAAAAUUGUGCUCAGGAAAGAAUUUGUGAUUCUCUGGACAUUUUACCCUCUGUUCAGCUUGUUGAUACUGAAGCCAUACAAAGCUGUGCCUGACUCCUUGUCCUUCCCCACAAGGCUCCAGCCCAGCUGCAGUUGAUCUCGGGUUUCCUCAGCAGUGUCCAUCGCUGAUUGUGUCAUUGUCUGUGCUGCUGGUUUGUGUGCGAUUGUGUUCUCUGCUGUGUGCUUCUGUGUGUGGCUUUGUCUGUCUGUGUGUGUCUGGGUGUGUGUGUCUCUGUGGGUGUAUGCGUGUGUGUGUCUGUGGGUGUGUUUCUGUGCUAUAUUGUGUUACUCAACCAGUGAAAUGCAGUGAUCACAUAGAGAUGCUCUCCACUGCUCUGCCCUGAGCAUCCCAGAGCAGCAUUUGCCCAGAAUCAGAAGCAUCAUAGAUGCAGAUGAUCAAUACUGUAUCAGCCUGCAGGAGAUUUGUCCACAGAAUUUGUCCAUUUCAUUUAACACUGAAAUGCCAUCCCUGAUUCUCAAACCCUCCUUCUCCAGCGGCACUAAACAUCACUCUCUGCUACUGCCAAUUGCACGCCACAAUAAGUAGGGUUUCACCUAAAUUUGGAUUUUUA